UUGUUCAGCUCUCGCCUUGUGUCCACUCCAGUUGACAAAGGUACAUCGGAAACGAGUAAUGAAGGAUCCGAGAAAGUAGUAAAAGUAGUGCAGGCUCAGGAACAAGCGGCUCCUUCUGCUCCACCGUCUGAAAGCCAAGGUGAGGUGGGAGAGGGUGUGCUGCAACGUGUUUUUCAUGGUCUGGUUAGGAGAAGAGAGGGAGAGCUAGUACGAAGAAUAGUGCCAGAGCAAACUGCUCCUCCUGCUGUCGUUCCAAAAUCAGAGCCGAUGGUUUAUGUGGAAAAGAAAGGUGAGAAAUUUACUUCCCUGAAAUGUUGGACGGUUACAUCGGAAGAAAUUAUAAUUUUCGAUGUACAGUUCUCCAUGGCUGUUAUUUGCCAUUUCCAGGAAAAUUCCGAGCUAUGA